GAGACCUGAGUUGCGAGUGGCCAAAAGAAAAAAGAAAAAAAACGGCUGAAUCUUAACGGAUAUCCAAAGCUCGUAGACCACAAAAGGGGAUAAUGAACUGGAAAAUGUAGACUCGGAGAAUUUUAAAAUAAAAAAAAUAAAAAAUAAAAAGUUUUAGAAACUCCAACAAUGGAGAACGUAAUAAUUCCCUGCAACUUAAAGCCUCCUCCAGUACUGCCUAUAAUUCCCACUAAAGCUGGUAUUAUUCAGCCAUCUGAAUUCUCAACGACCAUCUCUUUCGACUCCCAUUUGGAUAAGCUCUGCAGAGACGGACGCCUCAGCGACGCCGUUGCGGCUCUCGACGCCAUUGCCGAACGUGGGUCGAAGGUAAAACUAAAACCCAGAACUUAUAUGAAUUUACUUCAGUCUUGUAUCGAUACGAAUUCUAUUGAGUUGGGUCGGAAGCUCCAUGCUCGGAUGAUGGGAUUGGUCCAGUACGUUAAUCCGUUUGUUGAGACUAAGUUGGUAAGUAUGUACGCGAAAUGUGGCUGCUUGCACGACGCACGCCGGGUGUUUGAUGGAAUGCGUGAGAGAAACUUGUUCACUUGGUCGGCCAUGAUCGGUGCGUGCUCUAGAGAGCAGAGGUGGAAGGAAGUUUUAAAGCUUUUUUACUUGAUGAUGGGAGAUGGUAUUCUUCCCGAUAAAUUUCUGUUGCCUAAGAUCCUCGAGGCUUGUGGGAACUGCGCGGAUUUCAAGACAGCCAAGGUGAUACAUUCGAUGGUGGUUCGGUGCGGUUUUUGUGGUUCUAUUCGCGUCAUCAAUUCGAUUUUGGCUGUGUAUGCGAAAUGUGGGAAACUGAAUUGGGCAAGGAGGUUUUUUGAGAGUAUGGAUAAGAGGGACUUGGUCAGUUGGAAUGCGAUUAUAUCCGGGUUUUGCCAGAAUGGUCGGAUGGAAGAAGCUACUAGAUUGUUUGAUGCAGUGAGAGAAGAAGGGACUGAACCGGGUUUGGUAACUUGGAACAUAAUGAUUGCUAGUUAUAACCAGUUGGGGCAAACUGAUGUUGCCAUGGGACUGAUGAAGAAGAUGGAAAGUUUAGGGAUAGUUCCUGAUGUGUUUACUUGGACAUCUUUGAUCUCAGGAUUUGCUCAAAAUAACAGGAGAAAUCAGGCAUUGGAUUUGUUCAAGGAGAUGCUUUUGGCUGGAGUGAAACCAAAUGCAGUUACGAUUACAAGCGCAGUUUCAGCCUGUGCGUCUCUAAAAUCACUUGGCAAAGGGCUGGAAAUCCAUGCCUUCUCAAUUAAGAUUGGUCUUAUUGAAGAUGUUUUGGUCGGAAAUUCACUCAUUGACAUGUAUUCCAAGUGUGGGGAAUUGGAAGCUGCUCAAGAGGUGUUUGAUAUGAUCAUAGAGAAAGAUGUUUUCACUUGGAACUCGUUGAUUGGGGGUUAUUGCCAAGCUGGUUACUGUGGUAAGGCUUGUGAACUCUUCAUGAAAAUGCAGGAAUCAGAUGUAGCACCUAAUGUUAUCACAUGGAAUGUGAUGAUCUCGGGGUAUAUACAGAAUGGUGAUGAGGACGAAGCCAUGGAUCUCUUUCGAAGGAUGGAAAAAGAUGGCAAAGUCAAACGAAACACUGCAUCAUGGAACUCUCUCGUUGCCGGUUACCUACAUGUUGGGGAAAAAGACAAGGCACUCGGGAUAUUUCGACAAAUGCAGUCCUACUGUGUUAUUCCCAAUUUGGUUACCAUGUUAAGUGUAUUGCCUACUUGUGCAAAUCUACUUGCAGAAAAAAAGGUAAGAGAGAUUCAUUGUUGCAUACUACGUAGAGUCUUAGACUCUGAACUUCCUGUGGCAAAUUCAUUACUAGACACUUAUGCCAAGGCAGGAAAUAUGACAUAUUCGAGGACUAUAUUUGAUAGAAUGUUAUCAAAAGAUAUCAUCACUUGGAACUCCAUUAUCGCCGGUUAUGUCUUGCAUGGUUUCUCGAAUGCUGCUCUUGAUCUCUUUGAUGACAUGACGAAGUCAGGAUUGAAACCAAAUAGAGGAACUUUUCUAAGUAUUAUUUAUUCAUGCAGUCUUUCUGGUCUAGUGGACAAGGGGAGGCUAGCUUUCUCUAGCAUCACCGAAGAUUAUAACAUUGUUCCUGGUCUAGAACACUAUGCGGCUGUGGUGGAUUUGUAUGGCCGUCCAGGUAGGCUCGGAGAAGCAAUGGAGUUCAUUGAAAAUAUGCCAGUGGAACCAGACUCCUCAGUCUGGGCUGCUUUACUCACAGCGAGUAGGAAUCAUAGAAACAUUGGCUUCACGGUGCGUGCUCUGGAUAAAAUACUCGACUUGGAACCAGGGAAUUACUUGAUUCAGCGCUUAAGAGCGCAGGCGGAUGCUUUAGUUGCGAAAUCUGAGAAUGAUCCGAAAAUGAGAAAGCUUGAAAAAGAGAACGCCACGAAAAGGCAUCUGGGUAGAUGCUGGAUUGAACUGCAAAAUAGAGUCUACACAUUUGUCAACGGUGAUCAAUCUGAACCUUAUCUCUAUCCUUGGAUACAUGACAUAGCAGGAAAAGCGAGUAAAUACGGUUUUCAUGAGGGGCUUUGCAUUGAGGAAGAGGAGAAAGAAGAGGUCGGCCGGGUACACUGUGAAAAGAUUGCGAUUGCUUUUGCACUCAUUGGCUUCCCAAGGAAAGCUCAAUGCAUAAGAAUCGUUAAAAGCCUAAGAAUGUGCGGAAAUUGCCAUGAGACGGCAAAGUACAUCUCUAAGACGUACGGGUGCGAAAUAUAUGUGACAGACUCGAAGUGUCUACAUCGUUUCAGUAACGGGCAUUGUUCUUGCAAGGACUAUUGGUAGAGGUUAGUUAAAAUUCCAAAAUAAUGAAAUUUAUUAUUUUCCUUUGUAAUGAAUGCGAAACGAGUAAAUAUCAUUUUGGCAAAGCAUGGCAUAAGUAAUAAUAAA